UCAUCGGAGGAGAAGAGAGAUUAACACAUUUCAAACCUUCCCUGACACUUUUGACGCUGACAAACAAACCUUAGCCCAGUUAUAAAAAGAGAUAGGUAAUCCAUUUCCAAUCAAACUAAACCAAAUCUAAAUCUUCAAAAUGAGCUCAUCCAUUCUCUUCUUCAUCGUCCUCUCCCUUUUCCUUACUACGGUAUCCGCUGGAAUCAUCCGGGACCGUCGUGCAAUUGAGGACUAUUGGUAUUCAAAUGGAGUUGUUAACAAUAUGGUGUCAGACAACAUUUAUGGAGGAUCCACUUCUCUUGGAUGGGCACAAGUUCCACACCACCUCAGCCCAAUGUUCUCGCCGGUGUUUGGAGGACGAUGAGGUGUUUUGACUUGAAGAAUUUCUGAAAUUUUAUUUACAUGACUGCAGUAUUUCAAUUUGAAUUUGAUCUCUAUUUUUUUAAUGGAAAAUGAAUAUUUUGACGAUGAAGAAA